CUGUGUACUUUAUUUUUAUUACAUUUUAUAUUAUAUUCUAAUCUGUGAUCAUGACUUUGAUUAAUACUUUAUUUAGGUACAGUCAUUUCAGAUUGACGGCGAACAGAGUUAGUUCAAUAGCUAUUAACAAUUUGAAGGCGCAACACAAAUCAUAUUCAAUAGAUCUUAAAAAAGAUCAAGUGAAAAUGGCAUCGGAAAAAUUAUUGCCACAAAUUUUCAAAUUUGUUGAUCAGAAUGUAGAUUCAUAUAAAAAACUUUUAAAAGAAGCUGUAGCUAUUCCAUCUGUAUCGUGUGAUGUUACAUAUCGGGAUGACUGCAUACGAAUGGUGCACUGGAUGCAAGACAAGUUGAAAGAAGUAGGAGCAACAUCCGAAUUACGAGAUGUUGGCUUUCAGACAAUUGAUGGAAAAGAGGUUAAAUUGCCUCCCGUCCUUGUAGGUGUUUUAGGUAAUGAUUCAAAAAAGAAUACAAUAUGUAUUUAUGGACAUUUAGAUGUACAGCCUGCUUUGAAAUCAGAUGGAUGGGAGACUGAACCAUUUGAACUACAAGAACGUAACGGUAAACUUUAUGGUAGGGGAUCCACAGAUGACAAGGGACCAGUGCUUGGAUGGCUCCAUGCCAUAAAUGCUUAUAAAGGUGUUGGAGAAGAGUUACCAGUAAAUUUGAAAUUUGUAUUUGAAUGCAUGGAAGAAUCUGGUUCAGAGGGUCUUGAUGCGCUGCUUAUAGAGCAACUUAAACCUGAGGGUUUCUUCAACACUGUAGAUUAUGUGUGUAUAUCUGACAACUAUUGGCUUGGAACUACAAAACCAUGUAUUACAUAUGGUUUGAGAGGCAUUAGUUAUUAUUUUCUUGAAGUGGAAUGUGCCAAAAUGGAUUUACACAGUGGGGUUUAUGGUGGUACUGUUCAUGAAGCUAUGUCUGAUUUAAUAUAUUUGAUGGAUCAAUUGGUUGACAAAGAUGGAAAGAUUCUGAUCAGUGGUAUUUAUGAUUCAGUCGCUCCAUUGACAGAGAAUGAGAAAAAAUUAUACACAACUAUUGAUUUUGAUCCGGAAGCCUAUAGGAAGUCAAUUGGGGCAGAUAAACUAGCACAAAAUGGUGUGAAGGAACAGCUGUUGAUGCACCGCUGGAGGUAUCCUAGUCUAUCUCUGCAUGGAAUUGAGGGUGCUGCAUUUCAACCUGGUGCAAAGACUGUCAUCCCAGGCAAAGUGAUUGGUAAAUUUUCUAUAAGACUGGUGCCCAAUCAAGAACCCGAAGAAAUUGAACAACUCGUAUUUGAUUACAUCAACAAAAAGUGGAAAGAGCGCGGGUCCCCAAACAAAAUGCGCAUAACUGCACAGAGCGGACGCGCUUGGACCGAGAACCCAGACCAUCCGCACUACCAGGCGGCAGCACGAGCCACCAAGCUUAUUUAUCAGACUGACCCAGACAUGUCGCGGGAAGGGGGGUCGAUACCUGUGACUAUUACGUUGCAAGAGGCGAGCGGCAAGAACGUGUUAUUACUGCCAAUGGGCGCCGGUGAUGAUAUGGCGCACUCGCAGAACGAGAAGAUCAACGUGCGCAACUACAUAGAGGGCAUAAAACUAUUCGCCGCAUAUUUGUACGAAGUUGGAAAAUUACCUAAAUGAAAGUCGGGACAACCAACAAGAGCAGUGAUUAGACAUAGUCCUCAAAUUGAUUAGAUUAGAUAAGCAAGUAAAGAAGCACACCAUGGCAUUGAUACAUUCCCAAUUCUGAAGUACAAUUUUUGAUAGAUUUUUUUAUGAUAUAAUAAUAACAUAAUAAUUCUCAGUAGGAAUAAUCAGUGCCUUAUAUGUUUUGAUUUUAUAUUAUUAUUUUUUAUUUUCUGACUUUUUUGAAAUAAAGGUUUUAUUUUUAAUGCGAAUUUUUGUUAUUUAUUUCAUUUGUCCUUGAAAG